CCCACUUUCGUUUGCGCUGCCCCAGGCUCGGUUCGCUGAAAGGGAGAAAUCGGCAUAGCGAGACUCAAUUCAUGCGGUGGACAGCAGUAACGGCUUUCGAACCGUACCAAUCUCUGAACGGGGGGGUUGACGGCCACAAGAACCGGCCAUGUCGUUCACCGCCGCCAUCCAGUCCGCCCUCUUCUACUUCCUAGCCUGCACGCCAUGCAAUCAACUCCACACCGAACAUGAACUACGACAACGCCAGAAGAAGGAGAAGCAGAUGAGGGAGCGCAUCGUGCUGGACCAGCCACACCUGUACCGGCAACCGGAUCCUUUCCACACGAACCCGUAUUGGGACGAGGAGAUUCGCAUGGGACCGAGCUUGCCGAAGAAGAGGAAAGGGAGUGAUGGGAUCGGCAAGAGCCUUAGUCAGCGGCGACUAACAGCGGCAAGUCGGGAUGGCCGGCCAAGUAUCGGUACCGGGAGUAGUGUGGUGGUUAGUCUGUCCGAGAUGGGUUCGGUUGCCAGCCCGAGACCGUCUACCAGCCCGGCCAAUGCUCCCGGUAUCGGAAGCACCCAGACGGUGGUGCCGGAAGAGUAUCCCGCAAGUCCGACCCUGAGCAAGACGGUAUCGAUCUCAACAAGCGCCGACUGGAAUUUCAAACGGUAUCAACGGGAGGACGAGGAGCUAUGGGGACACGAGUCUACGUGGUCGGGACACAGACUGAUGGACGCCAUCAAGCAGGCCGGCUCUUCGGCCGGCCGCUACAUGGAGUCCAAGUUGGGCUUCGAGAAGCAGGUAACAGACGAAGACCGGUACAACUUCUACACCGCUCCCCGAAACCCGCCUGUCAAUGAUUACCACCCACCCGUGGUCAGCAGCAGGCCCGCACACAAGGACGCUCUCCGCUGGAUGCUCCAGCCACCACCGCCGGCCAAGGUCAUGGAGGGCAAAGUGCCCGUCACGAGAAGCGCGAGUAUGGCGAGCGCAGCAUCAUGUAGGAGGACGGUAUCCGUUCGGGAGGGAGGCUCGCUAGGACGGUUGGUAGGCGAGAAGGCCGUCGAGGCUAAAAUACGAAGGGGCGAGACCCCGUUGGACGACGAGCCGCGCCCAAGCCCGUCUCUCAGGAAGUCACGAUCCCGGGUCUCGACAGCUACGAGGACAAGAAGCCGGCGCACGGCAAGAACGUGCGGUUCUUCUACAGACUCGGAGAAUGACGAAUCGGAGGACGAAUCUGAGAGGCGAAGUCGCAGGAAGCGACGUGUUUCCCAUCGGCCGCCUGACUUGGAUUCGGAAAGCGAAGAUGAGGGAGUGUGUGUAUCCAAGAGCCCCGAGUCGCUCAGCAACACUUCGUUAUCGAGCCACGCCGCCCCGAAGCCGAGGCUGCCCACCAUUCUAAGUUCGGGGAAAGACAACAAAGCCGCCUCGGAAGCCGGUAACAACGGAUCAUCACAAGCUUUAAGCGAAACUACCAAUCCGGCUUCGAAGCCAGAUAUGGUGAAGCCAAACAGUCAACCAGAACUAUCUUCAAAAGACCUCAACAUGGGCAAUGCCCUGGAUGAAGUCUCCCGUUAGGGUCGUCACUCGUGUUUUCCUUUCCUGUUUCCGUAUUUACUUCUCUGUCGCAGCAUGGGUCUAGCGUAGCAUGUUGGUGUCGGGUUGCAUCAUUCGGGUUGGGCUGGUCUCUGGGUCAUGCAAGGCGUUCGGACCGGCAGCAUACACAAAACGGGGGGCUGUUUUUCUUUAUUGGUUUUCCUUCCUUGGAAUCAGAGUAUCAAGGAUGAUAUCUCUGUUUCUUCUUAGUAAGUUACCUCGUUCCC